AGCACCUGCAUCUGCCCCGCGUCGCCAGGACUGUGCCGCCACACCUGCCCGGCUCCGCGUUCUUCACCGGCCCGAUCAUGGAGCGUCAGGUCCAGCGGCUUCGCCAGGCGUUCCGGUCCGGCCGAUCGCGACCGCUGCGCUUCCGAAUGCAGCAGCUCGAGGCCCUGAAGAGGAUGGUGCAGGAGCGCGAGAAGGACAUCUUGGCAGCCAUCGCGGCGGACCUGAGAAAGAGUGAACUCAACGCAUACAGUCAUGAAGUUAUUACCUUACUUGGGGAAAUUGAUUUUAUGCUGGCAAAUCUUCCUGAAUUGGCCUCUGCUAAACCAGCCAAGAAGAACCUUCUAACCAUGUUGGAUGAGGCCUAUGUUCAGCCAGAGCCUCUGGGAGUAGUACUGAUUAUCGGAGCUUGGAACUACCCUUUCGCUCUCAUCAUGCAGCCCCUGGUGGGGGCCAUCGCUGCAGGAAAUGCUGCGAUUGUAAAGCCUUCAGAACUAAGUGAAAACACUGCCAAGAUCUUGGCUAAGCUCCUCCCUCAAUAUUUAGACCAGGACCUGUAUGCGGUUAUUAAUGGUGGUGUCGCGGAGACCACAGAGCUCCUGAAGCAACGGUUUGAUCACAUUCUCUACACAGGAAACACUGCAGUUGGAAAAAUCGUCAUGGAAGCUGCUGCCAAGCACCUGACCCCUGUGACCCUGGAACUCGGGGGAAAAAGCCCAUGUUAUAUUGACAGAGACUGUGAUCUGGACAUCGCUUGCAGACGCAUAACCUGGGGAAAGUACAUGAAUUGUGGUCAAACCUGUAUUGCUCCAGACUAUAUCCUCUGUGAAGCCUCCCUCCAGGAUCGGAUAGUGCAGAAGAUUAAGGAAACGGUGAAGGACUUUUAUGGGGAAAAUAUAAAAGAUUCUCCUGAUUACGAAAGGAUCAUCAAUCUUCGUCACUUUAAAAGGUUACAGAGUUUGCUUGAAGGACAGAAGAUAGCUUUCGGCGGGGAGACUGAUGAGGUCACACGUUACAUAGCCCCAACCAUACUUACUGAUGUUGAUCCUAAUUCCAAGGUGAUGCAAGAAGAAAUUUUUGGACCAAUUCUUCCAAUAGUGUCUGUGAAAAAUGUAGAUGAAGCCAUUAAUUUCAUAAAUGAUCGUGAGAAGCCCCUGGCACUCUACAUAUUUUCUCAUAACAAUAAGCUCAUCAAACGGGUGAUUGAUGAAACAUCCAGCGGUGGAGUCACAGGCAAUGAUGUCAUCAUGCACUUCACCGUCAAUUCUUUGCCCUUUGGAGGUGUGGGUGCCAGUGGAAUGGGGGCCUAUCAUGGGAAGUACAGUUUUGAUACCUUUUCUCAUCAGCGCCCCUGUUUAUUAAAAGGGCUAAAGGGAGAAAGUGUUAACAAGCUCAGGUACCCUCCCAACAGCCAAUCCAAGGUCGGUUGGGCCAAGUUCUUCCUGCUGAAACAGUUCAACAGAGGAGGGCUGGUAAUGCUGAUGCUUGCAUGCGUGGCUAUGGUUGCAGCUAUGAUUGUCAAGAAAUACCAAGCUCUGCCGAGGGGGAAUGCCCUGUUGGCUUCUCUGGCAGUUCACAGACUGCGCUGGUCCAGUAAACACUCAUGAUCAAAUCUCAGCUGUCUGUUGAGAGUGAGGGAUAUCUGUAAUGACUUCCUCUACUAAAUGGUUGCCAAACCAAUACUUUUAAAAUCGUACCCAAGCCAGGAAAUUCACAGAUGUACUGCAAUCAAUUCUAAGUUGUUGCCACUUACCGCUAACAAAACUCACUGUUUGAGCCAAAUUCCAGCGUUUGUCAGCAGUGAAGGUACUGGGGGGAUGUAGAUGCUGGGUCGAGAACAUGUCAUACCAAAUCCCAGCUCCAUCGGGGUGUGUCAAGGAGAACAGUAGCUAUUGCAUCACUUAUUUGCUGAAGUUCGUAGCACUGCCUAAGCCUGCAUCUUCUGCUGCUGGGCGUCAGUAAAGCUCUCAAGUGUCAACAGGACCCAGGCUUAACACCUGCCCUCUACCGCCUGGAAAGGUGGGUUAGGUCUUCCCAGCUCCUGUUAGGGGUUGAAGUAUUAAAACUGGGGAAGUGGAUAUGUCCACCUCAUCCAUUGUGAUGAGACUCUGACCUUCAGGAGCCGGCUCUCCAUUUAAGCAUCCUUUCUUGUUUGUUGCGUAUCACCAUAAGUGUGCGUGGUGCGUGUUUGUGACAGUCUGUUGUGACUGUCCAUGGUGCCUUUGUGAUGACUUAAGCUACACUAGGCCUCUUGCCAAGAAGCAGUGCUUUCUUUGUGAAUACCACUGAAGCAUCUUUGGUCACAACUGUUCCAGAGGCUGAGGCUAGAAGACCCUUGAUCCCCUGAUCCCCAGCCUAGGCUUCAUAGUGAGGACCCCCCAUUCUCUAUAAAGAUCCCUCAAGAUCCUGAAGUUUAAUGUCACACAGAUCCUCAAGGAUAAAUCUUUUCUUGUUCUCAUAGCACGAUGCAAGGAAAUUGUGCUUUUAAAAUUUUAGAGAGAUCCCUUUCUGAAUAAAUCUGGCCUACAGAUCAUACAGCAUGGACCAGCUCCUGUCAUAAACAGGGGGAUGUUAGGAUCUGAGGCUUCCGAACGCAUGGGACAGAGACUGUUGGACAAUGCUGUGGGCUUGUGGAACAUACUGAAAGGGACGGAUGGUGAGAGGAGAUGGUGAGCACGGGGUGGGAGGUGAGGGGUCAUUAUUCUCAUUCAGAUCCUAAUGUGGCUGAGCAGGAAAGUGGCAAAGGAGAUAGAUCUGUGUAGAACUCAACACCCUGCUGCCGGGGCCUGGCUGUGCCUAGAGCUCCAAGCUACAAAGUCCCCACUGCCUUCCUGGGAUCCAGAUUAAGACUUGACCUACUCGAUGAGAAUGUAACUUGCUUUAUUGAAUGUAUAGCCAUCUUUACUGAAUAACCUGUUCUAUCUGUCUGAAGGGUGUUGUCUCUUCUAAAGUAUGAGGUAUCAAAACCAAAUCAUUGACCUGUGUAGCAAGUAGUUGCUCAAGUGGCAAUUGUCCUUAACUAAUCAUAAAAUAUUUUGCACAAAAUCUCAAUGUAAAACUUGCACUUAUUAUUAUAUUUAAUUAUAAAUCAUAACUUUUAGUUAGACUAGAAUACUUACACAUUAUACUGAUCUUCAAAAUAAAUAUAUUUCAUAAA